CCAUCGUGGAGACUUCAUUUAUUUGGCCCCCUUUAAACGUCUACAAAAAAAGGUCUACAAAAGUAAUAGGAGCAGUUAACUAACCUAUUACACUUCGUUUUUUUUUCUCUUUUUUUUUCUUUUCUUUUCUUCUUUCCCUUUCCCAUUCCCAUGAUUCCUGGUGCCCAGAUUCACUUGUUUGAGUUGAAGCACUGUCUAUGGUGGCCGAAAACUGCUGGUAAAAGUGGAUCACACUGAAUGGUGUAGUAUGGUGCGGCACCGAAAGUGCACCGUACUUGUACUGUACUGUACUGUACUCGUACCGGUAUUGUAUCUCUUCAAGCUAUGAUAUGAUGUCGGUACCUCGCCCAUGUGAGACAACUUUUCCUGUUGUGUGAGCCCUUGUGUUUGUUCUAUCACCGGUGCCUUCAACUCGGUGCCCAUACAAGUCUUGAGAACCAUUCCUCAACAUACCCCCGAAAAGAAAAAAAAGAAAAAAGAAAUUCCCCUGCAAAGAACAUUCUCCCGCCAAUCUUCCCCAUCACCCAAUCUUCCAAUUGUUGGAUGCCGCUCAGCUGAGCCUCACCCUGGAGUUUUCUCCCUUUCUCUAUCCCUUUCCUGCUUCGUUGAUCUCCGUCCCCCCUCCCCCCCUCUCUCUCGCUUGCCGUGCCCGUUCAGCUCCAUGCUGUCCCCCGUGAAUCGGUAACCCCCCCAGCCCGGCCCCGAACAUCGUCCUCUGCUGCCAAUGACGUCCCGUGGAACCGACAACCCCGAGUUUGACCUUGCUGUCAAGGGUUCUCUGCCCUCUACCUCAUCGUCAGCUCUGCUUCAGCCAUCGGUCUCAUCUCAACUCUCCUCGCUUCCUCCUUCUGCACCGCAUCCGCGGCCCCCCUUACCCCCGCCCAAUCCGCUCGACUCCGCCCCGUGUUCACCCCCACAGGUUUACCUCAAUCUUCUCAUAUUGGAAGCUUCCCUCCGGAGUCAGUACCUGCAUCACCUCGCUCGACGUCGGAAAUCUACCCUCUUUCUCCUGUUGCUGUCUUUGUGGCUGGGCUUCUUUUUCUACCGACUAUUCCUCCUCGCCCGCUCUCCUUAUUAUUACCUGUCCCUUCUUGAGAGGAUCGGCUUCGGUGGGGGUGUCGUGACAGCAUUUCUCUACUACGCUACAGGUUUAUACCACAGGUCCAUUGUCGAGCCACGCCGAUUCGUUUACUUGGCCAAUCGGGGUCUUCGUGGAUUCAAUGUCAAGUUGGUGAAGAUCCCCUUGUCCUACAAGGAAUGGCUACUUUGGUGGUGGGAGUGGUACACAUUUAGUCCCCCUCCGGCUUCGCCUCAAUUGCCGCCUGCUCGACGUACCUCAACUGCCAAGAGAAGGACAUCCUCAGUUCACGCGAGGCGGCCUGCACCUCCGAUACAUGCCCACGGUCACACGCCCUCCAUAUCUGCUGCAAUGGCCGGCGGGAGAAGCUCUUCGUUGUUGACUCCGCAUCCGGAGGAAGCCAUGGCGGAUGGUGACGACAACGAUGGGGUGGAAGAAUAUCUACCCGGAGGUCUUCAUCUAAAGAUUGUCAUCUUGCCUAAAAAAUUUACGCCCGACUUUCGUGAGGGAUGGGAAAUAUACAGGGCAGAGUAUUGGGAGCGCGAGAAUGAGAUCCGGGCGAACCACCGCAAAGAGCUUUAUCGUCGGCAUAAAAACAAGUCGAGAUCGGGCACACCCCCGCCUCCACCCCCUCAACUCGAUCCCGCCGCGACCUCUGCAAGAGCAAGAGGGAAUUCGGCGUCUCGCCCGCCCUCGCUAUCUUCUCGUGCGGGAACACCCGAGCCCGAUUCUGCGGCAGCACCGACAAGACAACGAAAGGGUAGUCUGGUAGCGAAGAGGAGGCCCAACCUGGCACCGGGACUGCGGUCUGCAGGCGCAGCUUCGGGUGAAAUAUCGGACUCCGGAUCCACGACUAGUGCUCUGGAGGAAACCGGACGAAGGCGUAGCGAAAGUCCAGUCACGGAUAGAAGUAGCUCCUCCACCGCAGGAUCAGCCAAGAAAAGGGCAAGUGGAAGGGGACGAGGAAGGGGGAGGAAAAGCUGA